AUGAACAAAAACCAGCACAUCCAAGCGCUGAAGGCCGAAAAAAUCAAACGGCAAUUGGAGGAGUUGAAAGGACAACCCAGGGACAAUGAUACUUUGCGCCUUUGGUUCGAAAAUGGCCGCGAAGACUUGGGCCUCGCCUUGGACGAAUUCGAGUUCCCUGAACAUCCGUGUCUGCUGGUGAGGUAUAUGCACGACUUCUGGAAGAUAUUUUUCGCGGGAGAUCAAUGCGUGAAGAAUUUCGAGGUUAGGAUGGUCAUGGCAGAGGGCGAUUUCAAGGAAGAAUGGGAGAGCAAAUAUCCCACGACGUGGGGAGAAACCCUCGUCCACCGAAGCCGAAACGGCUAUAUCAGAGUCGAAAUAAAUAUUUUCGAAGCUGUACAAAGGGCAGACCAUCAAGAACAAUUGGAGCAAUACCUUUCUGUGCUUUUGCACGAAAUGUUACACGGGUUUCUGGAUUUCGAACCUUGCCCAUGCGCGGAGUGCGCAAAGGGUCCCUCCUUUCUCGGAGGCAAUGGAGCAAUUCUGCGAAGAGGUGUUGGACUUACCCCUGGACCUCCAUCGGCACCAGUCAAUGGCAUACGAGCUUAG